CUCGCAAGUGUCGUGUGUCGUCAAAGUUCUGCUGCAUGUGAAUGAGAUAAAAUCAAGGGACUUCCAACGAUGUGGGGAUUUCUUCCGGCGGUAACUCUUUUGAUCGGAGUGAUCCUCGCGGGUUGCGAAAUCGUCACCCUGUCAGAAGGCGAAACAGAUGCGUCGAUCGAAGAUCGACUAUCGGACGACUCCAAAACGUGGAAGGAACCCCUCGUGAUGAGGGAAGAGGAGCGAAUCGAUCUCCGAACAGACGCAACAGACGAACAGAAAAACGUGUACCUGGGACAUCCCGAGGAUCGGAGGAUAGAUUUCGAUUCGGAUUCAAGGGGCGUUUCCAACAGGAGAGAUAAUGUGGACUCGUGGCUCGCUUUGGCUGCGAAAAGUAAAGAGCUUCGAAACCUUCCAUCUUCCCAAAGAAGAAGGAAGAAGAAGAAGAAAAUGACUGCAACAACGACUCCGUGGAUUUAUCGAUGGGGAAAUAAAAGAAGAGGAAGCGCGGACGGAAUGGGUUCCGGUAUUCGCAUGUUCCGCUUGCCAUUCAAUAGUUGGGGCGGUAAACGAGGACCGAUGACUUUUUCAGCAUUGCAAGACAAUUUGUUCGAUCGAUACGGUAGAGACUUCUCCGUGGAUGGAAACGGCGUUAAAAAGAAGGCGGAGGAUAUCGAACGAGACAGAGGGAAGCUUCCGUUUAACAGUUGGGGAGGAAAAAGAUCGGAACGGCAAAACGAUCGACAACAAUUUCUAACGUAUUUGAAAGAACGCAUGUACACGCCUGUACUUGACGUUUACAAAGUGCAUGAAACCACCAAGGGAAAAAAUAAUGGAAAGAACGAUGACAAAGAAAAUAAUUUCAUCUAUCGAAUUUCGGGUCACCUUUACAACGAAACCAACCAAGAUGAUUCGUCAGACGUUGACGGACGGCCGAUAGUCGAAAAAAGAAUGAAUCUUCGCGAAAUAUGUAAGAAACCUGAAUACGUUUCAUGGGCCGGAAAAAGGAGUAUCAAACUGAAUGGCAUUCGCUUCGACAACACUGUUGCGAUCCCAGCAGACACUGAGAAGGGCAAGACUUUAUUAUGUUGUUUUCCUUUCGAAGGAACGAAAUAAUCCAGAAUAUCGUUUUGUCGAACCUUUUCAUUUUUAAAUAAAUCGAUAUGAAAUUAGCAAAACAAUCUAA